GAAUGAGAAAAAUAAAUAAAUAAAUAAAUAAAUAAAUAAAUGAACGUUAAUUUUGAUGAGACUAAAAAGAAAAGAUUGAAAAAAGAAAGAAAAUAGAAAAAAAAAGAAUUAAUUGGUAUUUUUGUGCGCGUUUGUGAAUGAGAAAAAUAAAUCAAUAAUAAUAAUUUGAAAAUAAUAAAAAGAAAAACAUUGAAAUAAAUAAAAAUAAAUUAAUAAAUAAAGGAAGGAAGAAAGAAAAUAUAUAUAUAAAAAACUGGAAUUAUUUGGUAUUUUUAGCGCGUUUGUGAAUGGGAAAAGGGAAAAAUAAAUAAAUAAACACCAAAUUUGAUAAGAGAAACGAAGAGAAACAUUCAAAAUAAAAGAAAAAAAAAUAAAAAAAAACACUUUAAGAGGAGAUUAAUAAAGAGAUAACGAAAAUAUAGACAUAAAUAAAAAAAAUAUAAGUGAAAAAUUUGAUUACGAAAAGAAAAAAGAAAAAAGAAAAAUAACCACCACCACCACCACCACCACCAACAACAACAACAACAACAACAACAACAACAACAACAACAACAAAUAAAAACAUUAUAAGAAAGAAAAGAGAUUAUUAACACCACAAAAUAUAGAAAAGGAAUUUAAUACCACAAAAACACCAGAAAAGGAGUUUGAUACCACAAAAGGACACAAAAAAAGGAUUAACACCACUAAAACAUCAAUAAAAGAAUUGAAAUACCACAAAAACACCAGAAAAAGGAGUUUGAUACCACAAAAGGACACAAAAAAAGGAUUAACACCACAAAAACACCAGAAGGAGAUUAAUACCACAACAAAAACAAAAACAACAACAAAGGAACAAUAUAAAAAAGAAAAAAGAGAGUUCGCUACCACAAAAGCACACCGAGAAGGGAUCAAACACCACAAAGCAACAAUAAAAGGAAUCGAAUACCACAAGAAGACACGGAAAAAGGAUUAACACCACAAAAACACCAGAAGAAGGAGAUUAAUACCACAACAACAACAACAACAACAACAACAACAAGAUGGAGUACUCGGAGAUUCCAGGCGUAUAUAGUGAACGGCCACGCCCCUUCAUUGGAAUCAGAAGGUGGAUCCGAACCUACAGAACUCCAGUAGCCCUCUUUACCAUGUUGGUGUUGGUGCUCUGUCUGGCCAGUGGGCUCUCUAUCCUCAUUUCCAGCGCCCUGAUUGGUCCUGAAGAGCCGCCUCCUUCCUCGCCAGCCAACCAGAGCCUUGUCCACCUCAUGGCCCUCCCAUUCCCGCGGCGAGAUGAACACUGGUACGAGGCAAGAUGGACUCCCACAAUGCAGCGGAACACGAGCAAAGACGAGGCGGCGGUGGUGAGAGGAAGGCGCGCGGCUGGCGGGAAAGGCGAGCGGGAUGAGGCUGGACACGACAGGACAGCCUUGAGUGACCCAGACAGCGAGGAAUGGACCAAGCCAGACGGGUCCACCUUCCCUGCUAAUGACACCUGGCAUUGGAAUAGACACCCGGAUCACCUGCCGAGAGGGUCAGAGGAGGAUGUCAGCGAGGCCCUGGCAGCUGGCACACGGGCGCAGGAGGCGAGGGAACAGCAGGAGGAGCAGCUGGCACGGGCUAACAUCACGCUGAGGAGGAAGACAGCUGACUACAAACACCAACACGGGUUCAGAAAGACGUCACCGCUGGCUAUCAAUAUGGCUAAACUGGGCUAUGCUUUCAAUCACGCCACGGCUGCUGUUAGUGAGAGGCUAGCUCUCCCCCGCUCCACCGUGACCUUUGACCUUCGCUGGCUGGCUGACCUCAAAUCGGACCCCCACUGUGACCCAGCCCUCAGUAGGCCCCGCCCCCCGCCCUGCCCCGCCAAGGCCAAGUAUAGAACCUACGACGGAAGCUGUAACAAUCUGCAUAGGCCUACGUGGGGCGCCUCCUUCACAGCCUACAGGAGAAUGAUGCCUCCAGAUUACGUGGAUGGUAUCUCCAUCCCAAGGCGAGGUGUGAGGGCCGGCCAGCUCCCCAGUGCCCGCCAGGUGUCCCUUGAAGUGCACACCUUCAAGCGCGCCGCCUCUCAGUCCUACACGGUGUUAGCGAUGACCUGGGGACAGUUUGUGGACCAUGACAUCACUCUCACUGCGCAGUCCAAAGGAUCGGGUGGGCAGAGCAUAGCCUGUUGCACUGAAGAGGUGACACGAAACAAGACACUCCGCCACCCAGAAUGCUUUCCGAUCCCCUUGUCUGACUCUGAUCCUCUUUAUAAAGGAUCCAACUCUACUUGUUUGGAGUUUACGAGAUCAGCGCCCGCCCCGAAGUGUAAAUUUGGACCGAGGGAACAGUUAAAUCAGCAGACGUCCUACCUCGAUGCCUCUGCAGUGUAUGGCGCCACUCCUGAGGCAGCCAAGGACCUCAGGAUGAUGAAAGAUGGACUGCUCAAGACUCAGGUGGUUCCAGACGGGCGCGAGUUGCUGCCUCCCUCUCUGGACCCCCUGGACGGCUGCAACAAGGCGGCCAAACUCAAAUAUAACCAAUCUUGCUUCUUGGCAGGCGACCCAAGAGCCAAUGAGCAGGUUCUCCUAACGUCGCUCCACACAAUACUCGUCAGACAACACAACACACUGGCCAUCGAUCUCAAGGACCUUAACCCGAGCUGGCAAGACGAACAGCUGUUUCAAGAGGCUCGGAGAAUCUUAGUGGCGCAGCUCCAGCAUAUAACCUACCAGGAAUAUGUGCCCAGUGUCCUUGGGCCGAGAUUCAUGCGUCACCUUCACCUCUCGCCGAAGACUGACGGGCAACACACAAGUGACUACAACCCUCGCAUGUCAGCCAGUAUCGCUAAUGAGUUUGCUGCUGCUGCCUACCGCUUUGGCCACAGUCAGAUUCAGGGCUUGGUGCGGCAAGUUGACGGGGCGAGAAAGAACAUCAACUUCGGCCAGCUCUCCAGCAUAACAUUCAAUCCGUUUUCUUUGUACGUGAACGGCGAGAUGGCGCGUUACUUGAGAGGGGAGACUUCACAAAAAGCAGCGGCCGUGGAUACUUACUUUUCUCCGCAGGUCACGGGCCAACUAUUCCGCGGGAAAGCUAAGACAGGCAUUGAUCUGGUGGCCAUCAACAUCCAGCGAGGCAGAGACCACGGUGUGCCCGCCUACACGCGCGCGAGGAUGGCGUGCGGGCUGCCUCGUGUCCACAACUUCACUGAAUUGGCAACUGAGAUGGACACUGGAGCUCUGGCCAAGAUUGCGAAGGUGUACAGACACGUGGACGAGAUAGACUUGUACACAGGAGGAUUGGCAGAGAGGCCCAUAGAGGAUGGUUUGGUGGGCCCUACCUUCGCCUGCAUCCUUGCUGACCAGUUUCUGAGGCUGAAGAAAGGCGAUAGGUACUGGUAUGAGACUAAGGAAGGACCACAGGCAUUUAGUGAAGACCAACUGGCAGAGAUACACAAAUCGUCGCUGGCCAGACUACUGUGUGACAACGUACCUGAGCUCUUCUCCGUGCAAAGGUGGCCGCUGAGGGUCUACGCUACUGGUAACCCUCGCCUCCCUUGCUCCUCCCUGUCCAUACCGAAGCUUAAUCUCGAUCCUUGGGAAGUGGAUCCGCUCUAGAACUGUGGGACAGUGCUGCCAGGAUACACAAUAGCAGUGCGGAGGAACCAAGGCAAGCCGAGACACAAGAGGAUGUCAAACACGUUGCUCCCUAUGGCGUUACUGACUGCCAU